CAAAUCGUCCUUCUGCUACUGUACCACAGUAGGAAAAAGUUUAGUUUGCAUUACGACAGUGUCGCAAAUCACACCGACCCACCGGUAGCUAGGGUGCUCCAUGGAAACGAGCUCACGGCUGGAGUUUUGUUUACACUCUUGGGGAGCCAACAGCUACGGGCAGCUGGGACAGGGGCAUGUGGAGGACCAGCCGGUGCCCCAGCUCUCUGACGCCGCUGCUUUACCACACUGCGCCGUGCGGACGCUCAGCGGCGGCGGCGGUCACUCCGUGGUUGUCACCGAUAGUGGACACGUGUUUGUGUGUGGACAGAAUCACAGAGGCCAACUGGGACUUGGCCACAAUGCAGACGUCCUAACUUUUCAGCUGUGCCCCAGUUUGACCCAGAAGGUCAGGAAUGUAGCGUGUGGUUGGGACUUCACUCUUCUUCUCACUGAUUUUGGCCAAGUGCUAGCAUGCGGCUCUAAUGCCUUUGGGCAACUGGGUGUUGGACCAACCAUCACACACUCAUGCAGUGCACUAGGAGUAAAGGGUCUCAGGGAGCUGGUGGUGAGUAUAGCGGCAGGACUUAGACACUCACUAGCAGUUACUGAGUCAGGAUGUGUAUAUCAGUGGGGCACUGGCCUUUUUAGUCAUGCUAAGAGAGCCCUCAGUCCACACCCCGUCCCAGCACACCUCAGUUCGAUGGUGCCCACACUGGUACCAGGUCUAGAAAAGGAAACAUCACGUCUGGUAACUGCAGGGUCAGCACAUUGUGCGUGUCUUACAGGAGACGGAGAUUUGUUUCUAUGGGGAAGCAACAAACAUGGUCAGCUGACUGCUACAGACCAAUUCCUGUCCUCUCCCACUCUUCUGAACCGCUCACUACUGGAUGGAGAGAAAGUUAUCAACGUGUGGAGUGGGUGGACGCACAUUAUUGCACAAACAGAGAGUGGAAGAGUGUUCACAUGGGGCAGGGGAGACUAUGGGCAGCGGGGCCAACAACGACCAGCCAGUCAGAAGCCAGGGCAGCAAUCAGCAGGCUCCUCAGCCAAAGGUGGAAACCAUGAGGUUAAAGUCCUCCGAGGAGCAAAGCAGAUUGCAUGUGGAUCCGAACAUAACCUUGCCAUUGUAGGGGGGUGUCUCUUCUCCUGGGGCUGGAACGAACAUGGAAUGUGCGGAGACGGUUCAACGACCAACGUCUCUCAGCCUAAGCUUGUAUGUGGUCUCAGACCUGUUCUGAUUGGCUGCGGAGCUGGACACUCUUUGGCUGUGUGUGCUGCAACAGCUAGUUAAAAACACUGCAGCAUCUUCAGGUUAGUUACGUGACACAGAGAGACCGGAAGAGCAGAACAGCUGUGUGAAUUUUGUGCUGACUGCUUUGCAAAGCACAAAAAGUUUAUUUCAGGUGCCUUUUAAAUUUACAGCAACUUUCGCCUUCUGAAAGGCAAUCCAAGCUCCUUGCAGAGGUCAGAGUUCAACUGCAGGUGUCAUAAAUACUGGCGUGUGCUUGGACACAGGAUGACUUAUGUUUCAUGUGGACAGAGGCCAUCAUGUCUUUGACCAGCCUGUCACUUUGAUGGACAUGACUGGGGGCGAUGGCUUUGCCAGACACGGCCAUGCUGAUGGUCCCCAGGUCCUCCUGCCAUGUUUAUGAAUAAAGCCAUUAUGGAUCAUGUGAGAUAUUUACUAGACCAGUGUGUUACUUCCAUCUUCCCUGUCAUUGGUUUUAUAGCAGUGAUCUUGAAUGUCGGGAGCCAAUCAAUCUCUUCACAGUAUAUUACAAAUCUGUCAAACAGCAGUUUACGGAUUGUUUCUGUUUUAUAUUUUUGUCUGUCUGCGUUGUGUUCUUUGGUAUCGUUUCUUUCUAUUUGCAUAACAUUCAUAUGUUAUCAAUCACUCCACCAUACUUAGAACCUGAGGGUGCAGCACCUGGCAACCAGUGCUUUGCCAAAGGGCAAUGCAUAAUUUUAAUCCGUGUAUAUAAAAAUAUCAGAUUUGGUUUAGCUAAUAAGUGUGAAAAACCUUCAUGUCACUAAAGCUAAAUUAAUGAGCCUUUUUUUUUGGUAAAAAAAUAAAUAAAUCAACACUCGUUGAAAAAUGA